AUGCGACCCACGACAUUGAGCGUCCGGGCUGUGUGCCCGCGCAUGCGACUCGCAUCGUACACCCGCACCUUUGCAUCUUCUUCCGCCUCCUCUUCUGCCUCUUCCAGCACUCCGUCCGAAACGCCUUCGCUCCCAUCAGCAGCUCCGCCCGGAACCGUGCUCAAGGGCGUAUCCAUCUACAAGGACAAGGCGGAUCCCGUUGCGCUGCAGGACAACGAGUAUCCUGCAUGGCUGUUCAAGCUGCUCGACGACCCGUCGAUCGCAUCGUCUUCGUCGCUCGCAUCGAUCGAGAUGGCAGGCAUGUCAAAGGGUGAGGCGCGUGCGGCACAAAAGCGUCAAUCCAAGAUCCUGCGUGCUGCCCAGCUGGCCAAGGAAAAGGCGGAGGCAAAGGCAGCCGAACGUGCCGCCAAAACAGGUACGACCGAUGAUGCACAGGAGGCAGUGGCGCAGCAAGAGGAGCUAUCGCCAAAAGACCUUCGCGAAAGACUGCUGUCCAAGGCGGUGCUCGAGGAGACGCUCAAGAGGAAACAACUCAGAAGGACCAACAAGGAAGCCAUCAAGGCUCGCAACUUUGUCAGCGCUUCGUAG